GUGUGCUACCUUGGUGCUCCUAGAUGCUGGCCCUUUGCUUGUUUUUGGACUUUGACCUAGCCUGCUCCUAAUGAACUAAUCUUUGGCUCCUGAUCUCCUGCUUGUUUGACUCUGGCUUGCCUGCUCCCACAGUGUGCUUCCUGCCACACCUGCCCUGCCCAGAUUAUUAUGCUUAAUCUGUUACUAUGUCUGAUCAUCUUCUACUCUGUGUACUAUGUGGUCCUGUGCAUUUGUUUCACAGCAUUCAGGCUACAGAUGUUGGAUGGACUAGCACCUUUUGAUUUUAAGACAAACCCUUCAUGGAUUAAUCCAAAUUAUUUAGUUCUUCUAGUUUCACUGGAGAUAACCUAUUUCAUCUCUGGACUGCUCUUUGUUCUGGUUGUGGAAGAAUGGGUUUGGGAUUAUGCUAUAACUGUUACAUUAAUUCACAUCACCAUAACUUCAGCUGUUAUGUCUGAAUUCCCGCUGAUGUUGCAUUGGUGGGCAGCUUUAGGUUCUGGCCUAAUUUCAAUGAUUUGUGGUGGACAGUGUUUGGCAUACUACCUGUUUAAAGACAACUUUAUUUACCCAGUUCUGGAUGAUUUCUAAAAUACAUAUUUCUGUGUUUCCAGUC